AUGUCUACCUUGCCUGCGUCAUGGUACUUCUCAUCGGAGAUGUAUGAGCUUGAGCGCCGCGCCAUCUUCUGUCGCAAAUGGCUUCUCACUACACACACCAUGCGUUUCGCCAAGACUGGCGACUGGAUCAAAUAUAAUAUUGCUGGAUACGCCUUCAUCCUUGUUAAGGAUCGCGAAGGAACUGUCAAUGCAUUCCAUAACAUUUGCCGACACCGUGCAUUCCCAGUAGUGACUGGUGAUGGUGGUACUUCCCGGAUCUUCUCUUGUCAAUACCACGGGUGGUCCUACGGUCUCAAUGGCAAGCUCGCCAAGGCACCAGGAUACCAAGAGCUGGAGGGCUUCGACAAGAGCAAGAAUGGUCUCCUACCAAUCCACACCCACAUUGAUGACAAUGGUUUCAUCUGGUUGAACUUGGAUGCCGAGGAGACUCCCGAGUUUUCCUUCGCGGAUGACGCCAAAUAUAUUGAUCUGCAGGCCCGUCUCAAGGAUUUUAAAUACGAAGAUUACGAAUUCGAUAACGCAUGGGAGACAAACGAGGAUUUCAACUGGAAGACUCUUGCACACAUCUACAACGAGCGCUACCAGGGCCAAACUUCUUCCCCCGAUAGCAAGUCCGAGCAGACUGCUGAGAGUCUGAGGGCUGCUAGUACUUACUACUUUCCCAAUGCUACCAUGACCGUUUCAUCCCAUUCCUUCUUCAUGCAACGCUUGGUGCCCACAGGCCCCACUUCCUGCGCGGUGCGAUACGAGGUUUUCAGAAACAAGAGCUCCAGCGAGGAAGACUUCGAGAAGAUCAACGAAGUAUACAAGAGAAUCAUGUCCGAAGACAGUGGCAUCUGCACUGAAGCACAAAAGAGCCUUAACGAUGGUCAGCUCUCUUCCCAGCUGGAGAAUAGUCCCCUCGACUUCCAGACCGCUGUUUAUGGCUUGAUUACGGAGCACCAACAACGGGAAGAGGAGGCGCAGAAGCAGAUCUGGCCUGCCCAGCAAAAACUCCCCAUUGAGGCAGAGACCAGUAAGGAGGAUAUGGACUUUUGCUCAAAACUCUCCAGUCCCCCUAGUGGGUGCUGUGGAGGAAAAGCUUGCGGAGCGGGCCCUGCACCAGGGCCAGCGACUGCCACGGAGACAGCGGUCUACUAA